UUAGUCAUUGCGUCUAGUUCAAGCGAGCGAAUAGUACGCGACAGACGGUGGCCUCACCGAAACUUCAGUAUAUACACUACAUAGACAUUAGAUAUGUCAACUGACAGUGUGCAAUGUUAUUCUUCUACAUUUUAAGCUGGAUAUCUCUAGUUGUUCAAUUAUCAUUUAUCGUUAUUUCAAUUGCCGCGGGCUUGUACUACAUCGCUGAAUUCGUCGAAGAGUACACCGUUCUUUCCAAGAAAAUCAUCAGGAUUUUCAGUCUCACAACAUGCGCCAUUCACAUAGGACUUUUAUUAUUCGAGGAUCUUCCACUUACUAUGAACAUGAGCGGAAUUCUAGCUCAGGCGGCCCAUCUCUACAUUCUACAAUCUUUUCCAUACGUUAGCAUUGCCUCCCCUGGAUUCAUUAUGACCAUCUUACUUCUUAUUCUCAAUCACUACUUUGCUUUUACAUACUUUGCCAAACACAUGUACAACUUUUCAGAGGUUAUCGCGUACUUCACACUCUGUUUGUGGCUUGUUCCAUUUUCACUGUUUGUCUCCUUAUCGGCUAAUGAAAACGUGCUUCCCACUACGUUUCAGAGCGAAAGAGCUCGAGUCGAUGACGAUGUGAUAUCAAAUUAUUUCUCUGGUAGGAGAAAACGUUCUAGUUUGCUCUCUGUGUUUGAAUAUGCCAAGGAAUACCUCAUGCCGCAGCGUCGCAAUAAAAAAUCGUUUUAACCUAUUUAAUUUGACAACUUGUUAUAAACUUUUUGCAACUACGUAGACACAUCACAUUUGGCUUGCCUAACCGAGAACCGUGAACCUUAGCCAAAAUGUCUGACCACCAAAGUAUCAGGUCAAAUGGGUCAGGUUCGGGUACGAAAAUUCGAUUAUAGUAUGAGAGAUUGUCAUUGAAUUUUAUAAUUUAUAGUACUCCAGAAGUUGCUGCAGUUUGUUCCAACACGAUCGGAGGAAAAAAAAAUACGUGUUAAUCGUUACGGAAAUAAAUUUUUUACGUUUCCGAAAACGGUUGGAAAUGCGACCGCGUCGGUAGACGUGAACAAACUGUCUUUUAUAAAUGUACUUCUUUGGAGUCGCUAUCGCAACUCUAGAUAACCUACCGCGUUUUACGCACGAAAUCGAACACAAAUAAACUCGAAAAAUUGUAACCAUUUCGGGUGUAUGUAAUAAUUUGUGUAACCGCACGUCGAGUUCUAUCGUUAAAAACACGAAGAACAAAAAGCUUUAAUCGAAUAAAAAAAUAGAUUUGAGACAUUUUA